AUGCCUUCAAAGGGUCAAGUGUUUAUAGACGUCGAUUUCUGCCUGUUCGAUUUGGACGGGACGAUUAUCAAAACUACAGAAGCGGUAGAGAAAGCAUGGACAAAACUGUGUCUGGAGCAUGGUGUUGACCCCGAAGAGUUGUUCAAGCACUCUCACGGAACAAGAACACAGGAAGUAAUCCAACGGUUCUUCCCACAAUUGGGAGGUGAUUUGGAUCGUGCUGUUGAGCAGAUGGAAUUGUCAAUUGGGAAUGAUUAUCCUGAAUCGGUGAGUUUGAUACCUGGGGCAGCAAAACUGCUACAAGCGUUGGACCAAUCAUCACAAGAAAAUGUGGGCAAGGAACGGAUCUGGGCGAUUGUGACGUCCGGAGCGUACCUAGCUCGGACAUGGUUCGAUAACAUCUUGAAGGACAUUGGUCCACCCCCUGUUUUUAUCACCGGAUUCGAUGUUGCCAAAGGAAAACCUGACCCACAGGGCUAUGCUUUAGCGUCCCAAAGACUGUCUGUAAUCUGGCGGAAAGAUCCCAAAACGGUGAGAAAUGUGGUAUUUGAAGACGCUCCAGUUGGUGUAAUUGCUGGGAAACGAAUCGGAGCCGUCGUGGUGGGCAUCACCUCAUCGUACAGUGAAAAUACUCUUUUCGAAGCAGGUGCAGACUAUGUGGUUCCGGAUUUGACUGGGGUGCGAGUAAUCGAGAGAAGUGCCACAGGCCUCAAGCUGGAAAUCACAGGCCGCUUGUCUAGAUAA